AGUUUAUGUGUGCGUGGGCCAUUAAUUUACACUUGCAUGUCAGCAUGUAGAAAGAUAGAUCGAUCGCCUAGAGACCAAAACGGGAGAGGAGGAAGCCAACAUGGAGAAGGCCAGCUGCCUGGAGGAAGCCUUGCUGCUCCCGGAGAGUUGCAAGGAGGAGGAGAUCACAGCGAGCGAUGAGGUGAAGCGGCAGCUGCGGCUGGCCGGGCCGCUCAUCGCCGGCAGCCUGCUGCAGAACCUGAUCCAGAUGAUCUCCGUGAUGUUCGUCGGCCACCUCGGCGAGCUCCCCCUCGCCGGCGCCUCCAUGGCCAGCUCCUUCGCCGCCGUCACCGGCUUCAGCCUCCUGCUGGGCUUGGCGAGCGCGUUGGACACCCUGUGCGGCCAGGCGUUCGGCGCGCGGCAGUACCAUCUCCUGGGCGUCUACAAGCAGCGCGCCAUGCUGCUGCUCACCGCCGUCAGCGUCCCGCUCGCCGUGGCCUGGUACUACACCGGCGACAUCCUCCUCCUGUUCGGGCAGGACGCCGACAUCGCGGCGGAGGCCGGCGCGUACGCCCGGUGGAUGAUCCCGGCGCUGUUCGCCUACGGCCCGCUGCAGUGCCACGUCCGGUUCCUGCAGACGCAGAACAUGGUGGUCCCGGUCAUGGCGGCCGCCGGCGCGGCGGCGCUGUGCCACCUGGGCGUGUGCUGGGCGCUGGUCCACGCCGCCGGGAUGGGCAGCCGUGGCGCCGCCCUCGGCAACGCCGUGUCGUACUGGAUCAACGUGGGCGUACUGGCGGUGUACGUGAGGGUGUCGAGGUCGUGCAAGAAGACGUGGACGGGGUUCUCCAUGGAGGCCUUCCGUGACCCGCUAAGCUUCUUCAGGCUCGCCAUCCCUUCCGCUCUCAUGGUCUGCUUGGAAUGGUGGUCAUUUGAGCUCCUCGUGCUCCUGUCCGGCCUUCUUCCGAACCCCAAGCUGGAAACAUCCGUCCUAUCCAUCACCCUCAACACUGCAAACUGCCUGUUCAUGAUCCCCUUCGGCCUCGGCGCUGCCAUAAGCACGCGUGUGUCGAACGAGCUCGGCGCGGGCCGUCCACGGGCCGCCCGACUCGCGGUGCGCGUGGUGACGUUGUUGGCGACGCUGGAAGGGUUGGGCAUGGCGCUGGUGCUGGCGUGCGUGCGCUACGUGUGGGGCCACGCCUACAGCAACGAGGAGGAGGUGGUCGCGUACGUUGCCAAGAUGAUGCUGGUUCUUGCCGUCUCCAACUUCCUGGACGGGAUUCAGUGUGUUCUCUCAGGUGUGGCGAGAGGCUGCGGGUGGCAGAAGAUCGGCGCAUGCAUCAACCUCGGCGCGUUCUACGUCGUCGGCGUCCCGGCAGCCUACCUCGCGGCCUUCGUCCUGCGCGCCGGCGGGUUGGGCCUCUGGAUGGGAAUCAUCUGCGGCGUCGCGGUGCAAACCCUGCUGUUCCUGGCCAUCACAUCACGCACAGACUGGCAAAAGGAGGCGAAAAUGGCCAAGGAUAGGGUUUUCAGCUCAUCUCUUCCGACCGAUCUCGCGACGUGAGAGGUUGCACUUCAGUCAGGAGUGUUGUCUGAAAGCAAGCAAACUGAGUGUGGUUUCAGAGUUAGCGUGGCGCAGUGUGUGAACCAUUUGGAAGCGAGAAGAAGCGGAAGCCGGAAAAAGGUUUGUGGGAGGAGGUGAUUUUGGCUCGGAUGAGAGUAGCGGUGGACAUAGAUCGCUAUAUUGGACAUUUCAAAAGGAGUUUAUACUAACAAAAAAUAUAUGGCUCUUGAGUCUUGAUUAGGUGGAUUUUAUCAUCAUAAUCAUAGUUUAAA